AUGCUAAACGAAACAACCUCACCCUCUUCAUCUUCCUCUCCAGAAUCACCACCCUACUAUAACCUUUCCUCAGAUACCGAACCAUCUGACCCUCACUCCCCAACUCUGGCUCAGCUCCAAACACGUGCUCUGGCCUCUCAACAGCCAACACAAUCCAUUCCUGAACCAGAAGUCACCUCAUCACCCACAGAAGAACCAAACACAACCACAUCUGACCCUCCACCAUCUGAAACAAUUCACGCUGAAACACAACCACCCAACUCUGACAUACCCCCACCAAAUACAUCCGUUGAACCACAAACUCCCACACUCAACCUCAUCCCUCCCACUUCUCCACCCCUAGCAUUUGAACCUGAAAACACCCUUCCAACCCUUGAGGAAGCAAUAAUGGUAUUUGCAAAAGCUUCGGUUGACAAGCUGAAGGGCCUCUCUGAGCAAGUCCGCAACGACUUCAUCAGAGACGUUGAGAUCAAACUUCAGGAGCGCCUAGCCAGAGAAGUUGAGGAGCGAGCACGCAAAGAAGCAGAAGAGAAAGCCAAGCAAGAAGAACUGCAAAGGGUAAAGGAAGUUGAAGCCAAAGCUCUAGCUGCUGCCGCUGUUGCCGGUGAAGCUGAAGCACAAGCCAAAGCUGCCGCUGAAACAGAAGCACGCCUAGCUGAAGAGUCUGCCACCAAGGAGAGUAGCUAG